AAUACCCCCCUUGAACAACUCGCAGCAAUAAAACCAGACUUUACAAUUAUUUCGCAAACCAGGACUAUUUUCGUCUAAUAUGAUUAGACUAUUAAGCAAUUCAGAUCCAACAGUGCAAAAUACGAAAACUACAUCAGUUUUACACCCGAAUAACCAUGUACAGCCAUAAAAACUUAACAAAUUGAAAGAGCAGAAACCUUGUAAUUGCUAUGGAACUAUUAACCCAACCAGCAAAUUUUAUGGUCUAUAAAAAUCAAAUAUAGAACGGAAAAACGUAACAAAUGCGAUUUACAAGCUCAAGUGUAUACAUUCGGCAAGCAUACGUAUACACAUAACAAACCACGAUGGGACUAGAAACGUGCUUUGCAAACAUGUACAUCAAUAUGAGGCACAUAUUCAGUUUUUGAAAUUUGCAAGAAAAAGCUACAACUACUUGUGCGGAUAUUGUAGAAUCAGAACUUUGAAAAUGGGGAAUUGUUGCGGCGGUGAUAAAGUAGGACCUUCAGAGCAAAACCAAUUUGGAUAUGAUGUAAGAAUAGACGACAUAAAAAGAAGACCUACCGACACACUCUUUUUAACCUUAUUUGCAGUAUUUCUAGUCAUAUUUCUUGGUUUCCUAGGCUAUUGUAUACUUCAUGGAGACCUACAUAGAGUCAUCAAUGGCUACGAUGACUGUGGAUACAUAUGCGGCCAAAGUAAUCCGAUAUCCAAAGAUGCUUACUGUUCAGAAAGUGACAAAACUUCCAAAAAAUACCAUAUAUUGGAUAAGCCCCAAAAUGAGUUCAGAACCAUCAGGAAAUGUGUCGCAGAAUGCCCAGACGGAUAUAACAAACUCAUAAAUCGAUGUAUCCCAAGAGCGAAAAAUAUGUCAAACCUGGAAAGUUCGCUGGAAGAAUUUGUAACGCAAGUGACUGAGGAUUUUCAAGUUUACUGGAAGGAAUUUUGCUAUCUAUGUCUCAUAGCGCUAGGAAUGUCAUUUCUGAUGCUGGUACUGUUCAGAUUGGUUGUGGGGGUUAUAGUAUGGAUAGUACUGGUUGGAGUGGUUUUAGCUUGUAUAGGAGGAACAGCCUUCCUUUGGUUGCUUUGGAAAGAUCCAUCCAAAUUCAUCAAUCAACAACCAUCCUACUUUCUACCAGACCUCGAUGAGAGGAACUCAACAACAUUUUUGGUAUUUGCAAUAAUCUCAAGUGUUCUUACUGUGAUAGUGGUACUGAUAAUUGUAGUGAUGAGGAAAAGAAUUAAUUUGGUGAUUAAAUUAUUCGAAGAAGCUGGAAAAGCUAUAGCAGCUAUGCCUAUUUUACUGCUGCAGCCUGUUAUGACAUUUGUGGCAUUAGGAGGUGUGGCAUGUCUUUGGGUGUACUUUACUAUUUGGAUCCAAAGUUCUGGUUGGCUACAAGAAACUAAGAGCAAUUCGCAUAUAUACAGGUAUAUCAAAGAUGGCAUAAUGAAAGGAACCAUGUGGUACAACAUAUUUGCUGCAUUGUGGAUGGUACAGUUCAUUAUUGGCUGCCAGCAUAUGAUCAUUGCCGGAGCUGUUGCUAUGUGGUACUUCAGGAAGAGAAAAUCGGUUAAUUUCCCAGUAUUUGUGAGUUUCUAUAACCUAACAAGGUACCACUUAGGAUCAGUCGCAUUAGGCUCCUUUUUAAUAGCUUUAGUACAAUUUGCUAGGCUAGUUCUGGAAUCAGUUAAAAGAACAUUCAACAACAGAGAAGGCAAGAUAGCCCAAUGUGUGCUUAGUUGUUGUCAGUGCUGCUUAUACAUUUUCGAGAGGUUUCUGAAGUUCUUUACGAGGAACGCUUACAUCGAAGUUGCAAUGUAUGGUUAUUCUUUCUGUGCUGGAGGAGCCCAAGCUUUUAAACAAAUCGCAUCAAAUGUACUGAAUGUUGUUGCGAUCAAUUCUGUAGGAGAUUUUGUCCUGUUUUUGGGAAAAGUUGCAGUGGUUGUAGCAACUGUGUUUAUUGGAGUUAGGUGGAUGAGAGCUAUUGACGGGGUACAACACAUUUGGGUUCCAAUAACAUUAGCAGGGAUAUUUGCAUACUUCGUCGCUCACUGCUUUAUAACAGUUUUUGAGAUGAUAAUAGACACAAUAUUCUUGUGUUUCUGUGAGGACUGUGAGAAGAACGACGGGGUCACCAGACCGUACUGCAUGUCCCGUGGCCUCAUGGAGUUUGUCCAGAACUCUGGCAAAGCACUGAAUAUACGAGAUGUGCCAAGACUGAGAUCGCCCCAAGAUAGGGGAAGCCCUAAUACCGUAAGCCACGGUGUUGUGUAUGGAAAACGUAACAAAGAGUAUUAAAUAAUUGUAAUCAUUUUUAUAAAAUGUAAAAUUUAUUAUGUAUAAGAUAUAAGAUAUAUUUAUUCGUUAUAUAGAAUGGCUUUAUUUAAGUCUCACCCUACAAAAGUACGAGUGGAAAAAUGCAAAUGUGCAUGUGCUUUUUUACCGUGAAUGUCGCUCGCCGCAAGAUGGACACAGCGUUUUGCCAACCAUUGAGAUUCCGAUUAUUUGUAAAAAUUGCAUAUUAAGGGUGAUUUUAUGUACAAUAUCGGGGAUUUGGCUUUCCCCUCUCGUCUAACUCAUCCCGACUAAUCCCUACUUAAUCGUAUACACGACAAAGUGUGGAUGUUUGUUACUUAAGCAAACCAAAAUGGCUGAGCGGAACUGAAUAAAAUUCGGUACACAGAUAGGUUAUGGUCUGGAAUAGCACAUAGGCUACUUUCUACCUCUUGAAAUAACUUUGAAAUAUCCAUUUUACGGGCAGCAGCCCAAACAGCUUAAUGCGUUUUGCCAUAAGGUGUCUAACGCGAAAGCACUCAAUCCAACCAAAAUGGGUAAGGCUAUAUAAAUAGGGCAUUUGCAUCAAAAAUUUACUGCAUUUCAGCAUUCGUUCUCUUAACGGGAUCGUCUUGAUUUAGAUUUGUUUGGUGUUUUGUUUUACUUCAUGUAUAAUACUGUGAAUAAAUAGUUAUUUGGUUGGGAUAUGUUAAGAUAUGUUAUUGUGAUUCUGAUUAUACAUUUGAUUUUAAUUUACUGUUGCUCUAAAAUGUUGAAUAAAAUAUGUCCAUUGUCAAAAUAACUUUCGCAUUACUAAAUAUAGCAUUUCUUUCUCCAAAACCAAUGUUUUCCAUACUCUUUUUUAGGCUAAUAAUUUAGGAAUACCGGUCAUACCGAUGUCUAAUCAAGACCCUCAAGGAAAAAUUCGGGCGGGCGCCCAUGUCUCGAAAAUGUAAUUGGAAAGAGGAAAAAAAAUGUUUCUCA